UGGAAUAACAUCAUCCUCGGCUCACUUGAUAAGGAACUUUGAUAGUCUCAAACAAAAAUGGAAUCAAGUAUUGAUACUCUGCUCUCACGAAAUGCUGUUGCUAUUAUAGAUUUAGGGCACAGCAUUGAGAAUGUGGCUAAAGAGUUAGGGAAGGCUCUCUCAGCACAGGGCUAUGCUCUGCUGAUAAACCAUGGAAUUUCCAUUGAGAAGAUCAAGACAGCUUGGGACUAUUUCGAUGGAUUUGUUGAGCUACCAAACGACGUCAGACUGUCCUAUGAAAGAAGCAAAGCUCCGGAUGCCGAAAAUCACGGCUAUGUGAGUCCGGGACUGGAGCGAUUCGAUGGCAGGACUCCGGAACUGCGGCAUGCGUACAAUAUAUGCAAGUUGCAGGCUGAAUUUCUACCCGAGAAGGAGCUCCCUGGAAUCACAAACCACCUAAACUCACUGACCGAUGACUUCAAUGUCUUGGGUAGAUUCAUCCUUAAGGCCUUGGCACUUUCCCUGGACGCUCCUCCCUCCUUCUUCCUCGAUAAACACUCUUAUAUGCUGUCCGACGAUCGCUUCAACCUCACCACCCUGCGAAUGCUCUUCUAUCCACCGGUGCAAGAUCUAGAUCAUGGCAAUAUAAUCCGGUGUGGGGCCCAUGCCGACUAUUGCACCUUCACCCUGUUGGCCCAGGAUUCGGAGGGUGGCUUGGAGGUCAAGCUGCGGGGCAGUGACAAAUGGGAGCGAGUGGGUCAUCUGCCGGGAGCACUCUUCAUAAACUGCGGCGAAACCAUGGCUGCAUGGACGGAUCAGCUUUAUCACGCCCUGCAACAUCGAGUGGUUGUUCCAAAUCAGGAGGACACCCGCCAACGAGGCAGGCACUCCAUUGCCUAUUUUUGCCAUCCUGACAACUCCACACUGAUCGAUCCUGAAGAGUUAAAUAUUCCAGUUAAGGAGUCCGCCCCACGAGAGAUAUACAACGCAUAUGAUAUAUGUAUGGCUCUGGCAAAAGGCGCAUACGGUCAUAACUAUUCUUAAGAAAAAAGUAAAAUUCCUUAUGUAUUUUUCAAAAUUCCAACCAGUGUUAUAUAUUUUAUAAAGCAAAUAAAUGGUAUUAAAGUAGGAA